GCUGAAGAUCAUUGAUAAGGAGUUAAAUUGCACUCUACGUACUCUAAGACCUGGGGGGGACUAGUUAACACUUUAUGGGGAGUGUAAAGGAAGACGCCUAUCUGCUGCGCUGGGCGGAAUUUGGACAAAGCCGACCUUAUUCUGCCUAAAAUAUAGGACAGAGAAAGCUGCGGAAAGCCGAUAUUUUAGCAGGCGGGCGGAGCUCCCCGUCCUUCGUGCGCUGAAACGGCAGCAAGUACUGGCGCAGCAGAAGAUCCCUUUGUUUGUGGAAUGGAACCAGAGAACCGCUAAAUACAGAGAAAGUCAGGCUGCCGUUCUGGCUCGCGGGUCGGACGCGGACCGUCAGAGCCCAGCGGGCACGUCCCAGCGCUGCACAUGUGCUUCAGCGGCCGGCCCUCGCCCAGCCCCUCGCCCAGCACGGGGGGCAGCAGCUCGGGGUCCCAGUAUGCCCUGUGCGCCUUGGGCGUGGGGCUUAUUGCCCUGGGCGUGGUCAUGAUCGCGUGGAGCAUGGUGCCCUCCGAAGCCACGCGUAACAGCAGCCGGCCAGGAGGGGGCGGCCUGGAGGCCAAGGGCCGCACCUCGUCGGUGGCCUUCAUCCUGGCGGGCGGCGGCGUGGGCAUGCUCAUGCUGUCCUUCUGCCUGGGCGUGCGCAACAAGCAGCACCGGCAGCAGUGGGAGGGCCAGACCCCGGAGCCACAGUUCCAGGAUCACAUCAGUGCUGUGGAGCAGGGCAACAGCGCCUCCGUGGCGAGGGAGCUGGCUGCCAGCUAUGACGUGCCGAGCUACGAAGAGGCAGUGGGCAGCGGCCAGUACCCGGUGCGGCAGAGCAACCUGCGUCACAGCGCCUCCCAGCUACCGUCCUAUGACGACCUGGUGGACUCCCGGGAGGACUGGGGCCCCGAGGACAAUUCCACCGACGGUCACGGUCCUUUGCCGGAUUCGGCUCCUACCAGCCAGGUGGGACGGCAGCACAGCCGGACCGGACGCAAGCUCCUCCCCCUCAAGGUGCGCCGGAUCAAGUCUGAAAAGCUGCAUCUGGAACACCCUCCCCUGCAGGCUGGUCCUCUGACCAUCGAACCGCUCACCCCCCCUCCGCAGUAUGAGGAAAAGCUCCCCGAGCUCUGAAGGACUCAAGUGCUCGAUCACCUGGACGGCAUCUCUCAUCAAUGCCAGGCCCCGCCUCUUUUACCAGCAGGGCCCCGCCCCUUCACUACUCCAUCACAGACCCCGCCCCCUUUACCCAGCAGGCCCUGCCCCCUUUACCCAGCAGGCCCCGCCCCCUUUACCCCUGCUUGCAAGCCUCCUCCACCUGCCGCCUUCAUUCUCGGGGCUGUGCUCAGGUGUUGAAUGUGACUGGUUGCCCAUGGCAGGUCGCACCUUUCUGUCACCUCCUCCUGCGAGAAGAUGACUGGACUCCACGGUGUGCCUUUGUGCCGUGGGCUUGCUUCUUACUUCCCCUGUGAAACUCACCCUUUCCCACUGAAGAUGUAGUUGACUGUGUGUAAUGUCCUGGAUGAAGUGUACAUAAUGUUAGAGGAAAUAAAGUGGCAUAUUUAUUCUCAGCCUCAGGGGAUGGUGCAGCUCUGGUCGGCCGUCUAGUUGCUCUAAGAGAGCACCACCACCCCCCCCAUACAAACAAAAGUUUGCAUAUUGAGUGUUUUACUUUGAAGAGUGUAAUGGGAGGGAAAUGCAGCUCUGUGGCUGAAACAGAAGGGAUUCGUUUGAAUCAUUUUACUCGUCGUACAAUAUGAAAUACAUUUAUGGAUGCACUUAAAUGGGUACUUUCAUUUAAGUCUAGAAAUCACUGUAUUCUCGUCCUCAGAGAAAAUAAGGUGUGUGUGUGUGAGCAUGCAUGUGUGUGACAGGGUUAAUAUGCUGAGCAAAGGUUUGUAAAUAUGCUAGUUUUUUCCUUAAGCUUGUAUGGAAAGAGUUUUCCAGAGAAAAUGUCUGAUUAAGAAGGAAACUGUGAUUCAGAGUGGUUACGUGGUUGACGUGAAGAAUGGACUGCGCACUUUGUGUUUGGGGAGGGGUCUUCUUCAUGCUUAAGCUCUUAAUUUCAAAGGAUGAUGGACGGUGAGCCACUGCCUUCCUUCCUGUCCUCGUGAAAAAUGUGCUGGCUUUGGUCUUCACGGUCCCCCUUUGUGUGGGCCAAAGGCCUCCUCCUGCUUCUCAUUAUUUUCCUUCAGGACCACCCCCCCCCCCUUCAGCUGUGUUGUCCGGUGCCGGUUUUUGUCGGCUGCAUGUCCCACGAGGCACUUGUGAUUAUGACUCGCUCGCAGCCAAUCCGCUACUCGCUGCUGCCUGUAGCGACUUCAAACAUUAGUCCUUGUGUUGUAUUCAUGCAACAUUUUCUGUUAAUGACGCCUCCUUUUUAAAGUCUACCUUCUGUAUUUCAGUCGCUAGGCAGGGCGUGACACUAACUUUGUUGCACAAUAUUUGGAGUGACACUUUGGGGAUCUCUUUCAGCCAAGGAGAGAAGCAGAUUUGUUUUACAUUUCCAAAUUAAGUGCCUUGCCAUUCCAGAAUGCCAGAGUAACUGACAAGUAAAUCUUAAUCUGGCAUCCAUACUCUAUAAGGUGCAGUAAUAAAUGCAGUUCCAGCAUAAAUGAGACACUCUCCUUACUGGCCUAUGGGGCCCCCUGGAGGAGCACAGGCUUUCAACGGCCUCCCAGUCUGUAGUGGGGGCUGCUUCAUUUGUCCUGUUAAAAUCAAGCACUCGUCAAAAGGCCAGAUGCUUCAGGAUUUGUUAUCCCUGAGCGAUGUCUAAAAUAGUCGUAAAUCCACCCCCCCCCCCCCAAUCUUCCUCAGUGUCUCCAUGUUCUUGCAUCUGGAGCACCAGAACUUGGACGCCUUACAACUUCAGUACAGCAGUUAAGAGCUGAGGUGCAGUGACAGCCAGUGCAGCCCCUGAAGCAGAAUCCACUGCCCUAAACCGACUGUUUCCUGGGUCAGGGGUUGGAUGUCCGGCUGCUGGAUAAUCUCCUGAUUCCUGUCAUGAUCCCCCAACUCCUAGACUUAUCUGCCCAUGCAUGCAGUUCCUUGAAGGUAAUAUGUGGUCCAGUUAAGAAAUGAAAAUAAAAGUUAAACACAAUCCACUGUUACCUCCGGUGCUUCAAGCUCUACUCUCCCCGGAUGAAUGUGUCUGUUCAAACUCCUCUGUGUGUGUGUGUGUCUGUCUGUCUGUCUGUCUGUCUGUCUGACAUUAAUAGCUGGUGAAACGCCUGUUCUGUAUCACUCCUGACUUGCGUUUUGAAUCGUAGGGAAACUGUACAUAAAGGAAUGAGGUGUUCACUUGUGGCCAGAUUUAAAUAAAAAAGAAACAUUUCAAUUCACCCAUUCCUGACCAGUUGACCUUUUGUAUGCGAGCACCAUGUUGAAUCCUUUGCAGAGAUCUCUGUAAAGAUCAUAAGCACCGUGUUUAUCUAGCUGUGCGAUAAAGGAUGACCUUUCCUUCUCAAGCUUCUGUUUAUAUUACAAGAAGAAACUGUUUCUGUUGAACGUGGCGACAUGAAUUUUGUAAACCGAUGUCCACUUGGAAAUGUUUUUAUGCUACUGUUGAAAACAGGCCCACACUGUGGCUGUGUUUUUUUAGCAUGAGUAUUUUUUUAAAUGAGGUUAUGUAUUAGAAUUGGUUUUUUGUAGCGUAAAUCGCUUUUAUAACUGAUUGUAUUUAUUCCAGCAUUUUUUUUUUGAAAGUGAAAAAUAA